AUGGCUCUGAAAGAUAAAUGGGAUGAACGUAAACAUGAAAAACACCACAAACGAUCGGGAUACUUCAGAGAGUACGAAGAUCCUAGAUCUCCCAAGACCGCAAGAUCACCAGCAUACGAUGGUUAUCUCACUCCCUCAAGCUCUGAAGGGCGAUACACAGAUGAUUCCACCAACCCAAGAAAUUCUAGGGAAGUAGUAGUGUCGUCUAGCUCUGAUCGAUCGGGUUACUCGGGGUAUUCGGAUUCUUCUUCUGGUAGCAGUGACGAUUCAAUUUCUGCUCCACAGAUGAGGAGGACAAGGGGAAGAAGAGCGUAUUCCAGUGAUGCUUUUUCAUACCCAGAGUCCGUCACUUCUAGCUCAGAAGGAGAAGAGAUAUCGAGUGUCUCAAGAUCAUCAAAAUCCAUCAGCACAGGCAGCCCUAUAUCGCCCAGACAACCCUAUCCUGUAUAUGAAGGGUCCCCUCAUUCUUCCGUUAGCUCUCCAAGCAAUAUCAGGGGAACUCAAUCCAGCUCAGAGGAGAUGACAGGAUAUUCAGAUGAACCUUCUCCUAUCAGUAAGUACCUAGUACGCAAACCGGUAAACUGGGCCGGUGUAACCUGUUCUGUUGAGUUGAUCGAAGGGAUCCUACUGACAGACGGUCUAUCUUCCACUAUCGUAGCGAGGUCCGAUAGAAUACAUGUGCGGCCCAAAGGCAGACAUGACGAAUCUGAAUACUCUGGUAAUACUGGUCACUCACCGACUUACGGCAACAGGGCGAGAUUCAUGGGUAUGAUUGGAAAAGGGCUGGACAAAGUCGCUCAAACUGUCGGUGGAAGACGAUGA